CUGUGCUUGGUAAGAUACCUGAAUGGUAAGUCUUACCCCUUUAAAGGACCAUUCCCUCCUAUGUGGAAUCCUUUGGCCUACCUGGACUACAACAACCUGUGGAGGACCAUGGAUGAAAUGGGAAAGGAGAUUCCCAGUGAAGCCCCAUGGAAGGCUCCACAUGCAGAAGAAUGGGACAAAAUGACUAUGCAAGAUUUCAUAGAUAAAACUUGCUGGACAAAUGCUGCCAAGAGUUUCGCAACUCUGUUUGUGAAUGUGGAUGUCACUUCUGAACCCCAUGAGGUCUCUGCCCUUUGGUUUUUGUGGUACGUGAAGCAGUGUGGGGGGACGACAAGGAUAUUCUCAACGACCAACGGUGGACAGGAGAGGAAGUUUGUCGGGGGCUCUGGCCAGAUCAGUGAGAAAAUAAUGGAGCGCCUGGGAGGCCGGGUGAAGCUGAGGAGGCCAGUCGUCCGCAUCGACCAGUCUGGUGAAAGCGUCAUCGUGGAAACCCUGGAUCAUGAAUUAUAUGAGGGCAAAUACGUGAUCAGUGCCAUUCCCCCGGCUCUUGGUUUGAAGAUUCAUUUCAACCCACCUUUGCCCCCAAUGAGAAACCAGCUCAUCAACCGAAUCCCCAUGGGCUCAGUCAUCAAGUGCAUCGUGUACUAUAAGGAAACUUUCUGGAGGAAGAAGGGGUAUUGUGGUACCAUGAUCAUUGAAGAUGAGGAUGCUGCAAUUGGUUUAACACUUGAUGAUACUAAGCCUGAUGGCAGCUUUCCUGCCAUAAUAGGCUUCAUUCUUGCUCGGAAGUGUAGAAGAUUGACAGGUCUGACAAAAGAAGAAAGGAAGACGAGGCUUUGUGAGCUCUAUGCAAAGGUUCUGGGAGCAGAGGAAGCUUUACAUCCAGUGCAUUAUGAAGAGAAGAACUGGUGUGAAGAGCAGUAUUCGGGGGGCUGCUACACAGCCUACUUCCCACCAGGCAUAAUGACUCAAUAUGGAAGGAUUAUCCGGCAGCCCGUUGGCAGGAUCUAUUUUGCUGGCACAGAGACGGCCACAGAGUGGAGCGGAUACAUGGAGGGGGCUGUGCAGGCUGGAGAAAGAGCAGCCAGAGAGAUCCUGUUUGCUAUGAGGAAAAUCCCAGACAGUGAGAUUUGGAAGCCAGAACCUGAAUCAAUUGAUGUUCCAGCUUUGCCCAUCACUACAACCUUCUGGGAGAGGAACUUGCCCUCUGUGCCGGGACUGCUAAAGCUGAUUGGAUUUUCCACUUUCCUCACCUCUGUGGCUGCAGCUGGCUUAUUUGCCUACAAAAAGGGACUUCUGGUUCAAAACUGA